AUGGCUCCUUCUUCUGGAGGCCUUGAUUGUGGGUGCUACCUACACUUACGGCGAUCUUUGAAGCGAAUGAAUUGUGCUUUGAGUGAUGGUGCUUCUUUGUUGGGAAAAGAAGUGAAUGGGAAAGAAAAGAGCUGCUUCGGCAGCUGGGGCAAAGCGUCUGGCAAUGACCGAGAUGCGCAACCGUGGGUGGCUCAGCGCCUGCAAAUGCUGAGCGCUUUCAUUGUUCGAGCACGUGAUUUUCAGCCUCAGCUGUUCCAGAAGGAUUUUGAUUUCUUGGCUCAACGUGGUGUGCCGAGAACUAUGGUGUGGAGUGCAGUAGGGGCCUUUGGCUUGUGGUCAGGGGCUUCAGUGGGGGCCAGCUCAGAUGGCACCAGUGGGGGCAGCAACUCUGCUGCCGUGGCAGAUCCUUGGCAGUCGGGGAUCGCUCUUGCAUCUGCCGAGGAUGAUUCUCAGGUGCAGCUCUCGAUGGGUGUUUGUCGAGAGGAUGCCCUUGCUAUUGCUGGGGAUGAAUGCCCUGCUCAGGGGCUCCCUUUGGCGAGUGAGCUUUGUGUGCAUGCUUCUGACACGCAGGCAAGUGCAACAUUUGGGCUUCACAUGAUUGAGGACACUUUCUCUGAGGAGUUUCUUUACUACGUGCCGCAGGCAAGUGCAGCAUUUGGGCUCCACUUGAUUGAGGACACUUUCUCUGAGGAAUUUCUUUACUACGCGCCGCAGCAGCAGCUUCUUCCCUCAGCAUCUGGUCUGGACCUUGGUGCUGGGCCAUGUGGGACGUCGACUUGCGCUGCUGAGAACCCUGUGUGUGACAUCCAAGAAAUCAACAAGACCCGUGAAAGGGCAAAGAGCCUGCGAGGCCUAGCUAGUGAUGAUUGUGAGUGUCAAGAAAUCAACAAGACCCGCGAAAGGGCAAAGAGCCUGAGAGGCCUAACUAGUGCCCAUUGUGAUGGUGAAUGCGAGCCUGACUGUAGGACGAAGAGCCUUUAUGGCCGUGUUCUUAGUGUUCUGUGGGAGCUCAGCGCUAUCAAGACCCGCAAAAGGGCAAAGAUUGAGACUGAGACCGGGCCUCUGGUGCCAGCUACUUGUGCUAGUGGUAGACAUGGCUCCCCGGAGCCCCCCUGGUCUUCCUCCUCGCAGUGCUGCUGCCAUGGCCUGGGCUCGCUGGCGGCUGGUGACGGUGGCGGCCAGUUCUUCAUCGCGCAGGGCAAGGACGCUGGUGCCGACGACGCGGUGGGUGUAAUCCGGGUUUGGAGUUUUUGCCAGGAGGAGGUGGGGACCGUGCUGAGUGUGGUGCUGAAUGCCUUCAUCAGGGUGCCUGCGACGCGCAGAGCGGGACCGCUGCAAACUCAGAGCGAUCUUGACGGUGUGCAACUGCAGGGGCCACUGGGUAUGCUCUGCUGGCUUGAUGCACAACUGCAAUUGUGGACUGCGACCUGCUGGCUGGGUGGUGACGUGCAAGUGCAAGGGAUCUUGAGUCAGGAUACCAGUGACGUGAUUGCCUCUGCCUGUGCAAGCACUCUUGUGACAAAGGACCAGGACUCUGCUGCUGCCUCGCGCUCCUGCCUGCCUGAGGGCUGCUCGGGCCCCACUGGCCUAAGGUUUGGAGGCGGCAACCCGUUUGAGGGCAUGAUGACCAGCAUCACGGAACAGCUUAUGCCCAUGAUCACUGCGCUCAUUCAGAAAGCUGUGCAGGAAGCCAUUGCAAAUGCAAUGGGAGGUGCCCCGGCAACCCCUCCCCGUGUUGUGCUGCAGGAACCGGACCUGGAGCGAGGGCCCAAACGCCAUAAGCCUGACCCUAACCCCAGCAACAAGCGAAAAAACCAUGAGUCGAGCCGCCAUCCUUCGUCUCGUGAGCCGGGCGAGGGCAAAGCAGCUGGUGGCAGAGGUGGUCAGCCUGGUGCUGCAAAGGGCUCGGCCAAGGGUGCUGCUAAAGGCAGUGCAGAGGCGUCCCCACCCAAGUCUGGACCUAAGGGCAAAGGGCAGGGCGACCGGCCUCCUCGUGAUGCUGAGGGCUGGACCAAGGUUCAGCGUGCUCCCCCGCAGGGCCCCUUCCAGCUCCGAAGGCAGGAUUGGAGCGCGCAGUUGUUGUCGCAGGAUGGCAUUGCCAAAGCAUUGGACGAACUUAAACCGGGUUCUACUCUGGAAGCUGUCAUUCUUGUCGAGCCCUCGGCGUCCCGGGAAGUGUGGGGGAUCUCCUACGUUUUCGACGCCAAGGCCAUUAAAGUUGUUCCUGCGUCCACUUCGGUCGUCUACUUUAAGGUGCCUGAGAUGUACAUGACGCCUGAUAAAUUCAAGCAUUGGAAGAACAACCCGAGUCGUGCUGCUUCUUCUUGGGCAAGCUCUCACCAAAUCACUUUGAGUGACACGUGGGGUUGGGUCGAGGAGCAGCAGGCUGGCAAGCAAGGACUGCAGUUGUUUGGCAUUGCUCGCCUCCUGGACUCCGAGUUGUCUUCUCUCGUUGCUGUCAGUGGCCGGGAUGGAGUUUUUGUUGAUGUGCCGCGCGGCAAGCUUGUCUCCACUGUGCAGUGGCUUGCUGUUACCAAGGGGGAAGCUCCGACUGCGUACCUUGAACGCGGCCUCCGCAUGAGGCGGACGCAUUGGCGCCAGAUCGCCAGGGAUCCCUCACAGGCUGUCCCGCGUGUUUGGAAUUUCCCUCAUGUGCCGGCUAGCGGGGGACAGAAGGAAGUGCUGCAGGUGCUGGACCAAUCCUUCAAGGAUGUGGCUUUGAUUCAGCAUAAGCGCACUGGCGCUGAGUACUUGUAUCGCUUCAGAGCUACGCUUAAACACGGCGAUCUUGAUCUGGUUCCUUUGAGUGCUAUCGUCGAGAGCGAGCCGGGGAAGGACAAUGAAAUCACGCUGUGGGCUACGGUUGCACCCUAUAAGCCUAAGCAAGCUAAGCAGCGACCUCUGCGAUGUGCGCCGACUCCCUGUCUUGCCAAGGAGAAGCCUGCAUUGGAGCCCCAAUCCGUUAAAAUUCAGGUCCCCGCUGAACUGGAUGAUGACGGUAAGGAGGUGUCCCCUGCCAAACAUGUUGCGGCUUCGCAUCGGCAAAUCCCCUCGGGGUGUGAUCUCAUUGAGACUCCGAAAGACGGAGCCUGUUUGUUUCACGCCAUAGCGCGUGGCCUCCACUGGCUUUCGGGCCCUAAGAAAACCGAGCACUCCCACAGGGACUUGAGGGCGCGCUGUGUAGAGCACUUACGAAAAUAUGCUUCGCAAUAUUUAGGGGAAUGGGACGGCCACGGGCCGGCUCUACAAAAAUUGCGCGAAAAUGCCGCAUCUCCGGAGGACGCCUUUGAGGAAUACCUCAAGUUAAUUGCUUCGGAAUCUGCAUACGCCUCUACCAUCGAGCUGAAGGCUCUCGGACGUUUAUUUGAUUGCCACAUCCUUGUGAUCCCACGCGAUGGGAAUUUUAGUGCGAUGUCGUUUCAUGCGCAGCAGCGCAAAAGGAGGCUGGUGUUAUGGUACACACCUCGGCACAUCGAGCUUCUUUUGCCAGCUAAGGAUGCUAAAGACUACCCAGAGGAGGUUUUCUCCGUUACGAGUGGUGCUGUCGUUGACCUGAGGGCUGGAGGGGAUGAUGCUUCCCAGUGCUCUGGUACUGUUUGGACUGCUUGCGCCCGAUCAAACCGAUCCAAGGUCAGCCGAUCAUCCUCUGUGAAGGCGGGCACUGUGUGGACUGCCACCAACGCGUCGAGCAGAAAGACCGCUUCUUCUCUUAAGCGCGCUCGCGGUGCUGCUGCGACGGUCUGGUCCCGAGCCGUCUCCUCUGGUGCUUCCGUGCAUUCUCAAAUGCCUGCCUUGCCGGAGUGGGACGAUGAUGAUGCCCCGCAACCUGAGCGAUUGCAUCAUGCCAGCCGGGCCCUGCCUCAGUCUGCCCUUGUGAUGGCCCGUCGUAAUCGCGGCCGAGCCUUCCCUGAUGGAGUUGCUAAAUGCAGGCUUUGUCCCUUUCGCCGCAAGUGUGCUGAUCCUGUGAAGGCUUAUGCGGCCUAUCAGCGGCACUUCUUGGAUUCGCAUCCGGGGGAGAAGCUUGGGCUCGCUCCUGCCCGCAAGGCUUCCUGUGUUCGUGACCUCGCUGAUGGCGAGGAGGCGUACUGGAGAUGCAAACGGUGCCAGGCAGGCAUCUCGACUGCUGAUGCGGCCCGCUUUGGCAAGGACUCUCUGUGGCGCUUUCGCCGGGAGCAUAAAACACAGGCCCACCCGCGCGUCUCUUGGGCUGUGUGGAACAAGGAAGCGAAAUCACACUCGGCCACCAAAUGGGCCUCAAAGAUCAGUGUCACUCGCAACAAUGCACAGAAGGCUAAGCUCCUGCCGGUGCUGCGCGAGCUGGAGGCUCAGGACUUUGAUGCCUUCGGGUGGCCGCGCCAGGCUGGGAAGGACACCAAUACUGUUGAUAAGUAUCCCUUGCGCAUAUGCCCGGCUUGGGUGUGCCGCAAAUGCCGAGCGCCGUGCCCCUCUGCAGAGAUCGCUAGGAAACAUCGGUCGGUCAAGGGACAGUGCCCUUCUCGCACUGCUAAGGCGAGGGCGUGGAUUCGGUUGCGCUCCCUUGCUGCCAAUAGGAAGCUUCAUGAUGCUGCUCCUGCCUCUGUUCGCAAAGAGCAAGGCGAGCUCGCCUUCGCUGCUGCUGAAAAGGCCUUGCGAGCCCCCAUGUCGUCGGUGUGA